AUACAGUCUUCUGGUCGAGUUCUACAAAUUGCCAAAACCCUGAUGGAAGACGCUGGCAGAUACACAUGUGUGGCCACCAAUGCGGCGGGGGAAGCCCAGCAGCACAUUCAACUGCACGUGCACGAACCACCCAGCCUGGAGGACGCAGGGAAGAUGCUGAAUGAGAGCGUGGUGGUGAACAACCCUAUACAGCUGGAGUGUAAGGCUGCAGGGAAUCCCUUGCCUGUUAUUACCUGGUACAAAGAUAACCGGCCGCUCGCAGGUUCCACCAGUGUGGCUUUCUUGAACAGAGGGCAGAUCAUUGAGAUUGAAAGCGCCCAGAUCGCGGAUGCUGGCAUAUAUAAAUGUGUGGCCAUCAACUCAGCUGGAGCCACAGAAUUAUAUUACAGUCUUCAAGUCCAUGUGCCCCCAUCCAUUUCCGGCAGCAGUAACGUGGUGGCGGUGGUGGUUAAUAACCUGGUGAGGUUAGAAUGUGAAGCCAGAGGCAUCCCUGCCCCAAGUCUGACCUGGUUGAAGGAUGGGAGCCCUGUUUCUGGCUUCGCUAAUGGAAUACAG